CUCGUCGCGAUCGGUUCUACAGCAUCACUGCUCGCUUAUAGCGUAUCCUUCUGCCUAACAGUUUAUUCGGUUGUGAUAUGGUGCUUUCGCGGAAACGUUUCAAAGAGUGUUAUUUCUGAAAUCGUGAUCCAGCAAGAUCCUGCAUCGCACUGGCAGCGCCACAGUAGGCGGAGCCAUCCGAAUCGAAUAUAGUUUUGCCCCUCGCUACCUACCAAGAUAUAAGUGACACAGAAAUGGCGAUAGGUGUCCUGCUUCGGAAUAUAAUCCAAUACUCGCUGAUACUGAUACUAGUGAUCACAGUUGGACACGUUAGAACCCGCCAGGAUUAUUACUACAGCUACCAGGAUCCGUACGAUGAUGAUCUGUCAUUAUGGAUCAACGAACAGCAGGUGAAGAUCUUCAGUGGGGUGGCGAUGAAGAUCUACGCCAUCGAUAAUGGCCGAGUUUCGCCACACAUCCGGGAUCCGAUGUUCAGCCAAUACCUACCGAUCAUUCCAUCCGAGGUCAGUUGCGUCAACUUCACCUGGAAGUCUGGCUCGAAGAAAUACCACUACAACUUUGACCGGCUCAUGUCCGAGGAUGAGUCGGUCUUGAAACCGCCGAGCAUUUCGAUCAAGACCAGUGGACGCGUGCCGAAAAAUGCCAAGGAGUUCAGUGUGACACUGCCCUGUUCUGGCAAUGUGUCGGGCAUCGCGGUGUUCAGCAUUGGACUCCUGAUACAGAGCCGAAAGGGCAAACCGGUCCCCGGUACGCCACUCCGAAUCAAGCUCCGUAAGGAAUGUGCACAUAGAGGUGUGUAUGAUAGAACUUCUUCUCUAGCAUCUUCGCAAGGACCCGAUCCGGAGUGCGAUCGAAAAUGCGCCAACAAGGGCGUCUGCAACGAGGACAAGAUCUGCGUCUGUCCCGAGGGUUACAUGGGCCAGUACUGCCAGACGGCACUGUGCUAUCCGCAGUGCAUGAACGGGGGUAACUGUACCGCGCCGGGAAACUGUUCCUGCCCACCCGGAUACCAAGGCCGACACUGCGAGGGUGGAAUAUGCUCGGAGAAAUGCCUCAACGGAGGAAAGUGCAUCCAGAAGGACAAGUGCGAGUGUACUAAGGGUUACUACGGGCUGCGGUGUGAGUUCUCGAAAUGUGUCAUCCCUUGUCUACACGAAGGAAAGUGUAAAGGCGUAAAUAAAUGCCGCUGUAAACCGGGCCUCAGUGGGGACCACUGUCAGAUUGGACGACGUCAGCGAUCGACCUGUAAAAGACCCUGCAAACACGGGACCUGUAUGCCGGAUCACAACUGUAGCUGCGACGGAGGAUGGUUCGGGAAGUUUUGCAAUAGACGAGAGAAGAAAAAACGCAACAGUUCCAAGCUACCGAAGAGAUAGUUGUCGAUUUCCAAGGUUUACCAACAAACACGCGCGCCUUGCCUGUUUCGCUUUUGUGUGUUUGACUUUUUCAUUGGUUUCUUUCCUAUGGCUCUCC